AUGGGCUCAUAUCCAAUAUGUGCCUUCGAGAAUAGUGCAUCUGCUGGAUAUCACCAACCAUCAAGUCGAUAUAAAUUUCGAUCACAAUGGACCGAAUACGCGGGCUAUCAACUAUCAAUUACCAACUGUGCACAAAUGGCAAUUGAGUUUCGUGGUUCAUAUUUGUUGAUUUUGACGUUUUCAUACUUAUCUUCGUCUCUCAAGAUUCAAAAGCCGGUUUUCAAAGCUUGGAGCAAAUUCACAGAAAACACAUAUCUCCAACACAUUGGAACAUCAGUCUCUCACGGCCACUUCCACCCGACAGUCUAUCUUGCUCCCAAAUGGCCAGUUCGAGACUUUGCAUGGUGGGCAGUUAAAAGAACGCCUUAUCCUGGUAUCAUUGAGGCGAGCAAACAUGCUUUACCGUUUUCUAUAAUUUGGAUGGGAACCAUGCUGGUGUUAGGUGUUGUUAUGAACUUUGGAAUCGUUUCGAUGAUAUGA